CUCACUACCCUGACAGCCGCCAUAUUGAUUUUUGAGAAGGGGGUGGAGAUGGAGACGUGAUUCUAUUGCAUCUUUAGCGGCGUUUUCUGAGGUCUAAACGAACGAUAUGGCGUGGGCUAACAGGGGAUUGGAGGAACUGAUCCCCCUGGUGAACAAACUGCAAGAUGCCUUCUCCCAGGUCGGGCAUCGCAUGGACUUGGACCUGCCACAAAUCGCCGUGGUGGGAGGGCAAAGUGCCGGGAAGAGCAGUGUGUUGGAAAAUUUCGUUGGCAGGGACUUCCUACCCCGAGGGUCGGGUAUAGUGACCAGACGACCCCUGGUGUUGCAGCUUAUCCACAACCCAAAAGCAG